AUGGAAGCAAGUGGUCUGUGGACAAUACAAAAUGGCUUCUGCUCAAGAUUGUGUGACUAGUUUGUGUUUUCUCCUGUCUCCGUGUGAUGAAAAAAAACAUAAUCUUUCAUUCAGUAUAGUGCUCCUGAAAGCCUAAUAUGUCAGUGAGUUUGUUUCUGAAGUCUUUCAUGUAUUCAGUGACCCAGGCUGCAUGAACUGGGUGUCAUGUGGCGGAAAACAAUUGUGGGUUGUUGAUUUUGGUUUAACACUAGCUGACAUCCUGCCAGAUGAAAAGAAGAGGCGAGGGAAACCGGACCUGCCAGAUAACCCUAAACAAAUCGUCAUCCCAAACACAUCCAGGGAAAAGGAGGGACCAGAGCCCUGGCUCCUAAUGUCCUGCUGCUGCUGCUGCUGCUGCUGUGGACUAACAUUAUACGGGAUUUCUGCUGUCAUUUCAUACAGCUUUCAUAUUCGCCUGCUUGUGGAUUAUCGCGUUUGGGCUUGAGACGCAUGAGGUCAUGAAUUCGGCUGAACAGACCAUCACAUGGUUAAUAACGCUGGGUGUCCUGGAAUCACCCAAAAAGACACUAUCGGAUCCUGAAGGCUUUUUACAAGCAUCUCUCAGAGAUGGAGUGGUUUUGUGUAAACUACUGGAACGACUGCGACCCGGUACAGUUUAUACGAUCUACCAGGACCCGAGGAAGGACGAGUGUUUGAGUAAUAUCAGAGAGUUUGUGAAAGGCUGUGCAUUAUAUCAAGUGGAGGUGUUUGAGGCCAAUGACUUGUUUCAGGGCCAGAACUUCUCCAAGGUCUUGAAUUGUUUGGUUGCACUGAACAAAGCAACUUCAGAGUCCGGUGGUGGGAGUAAUUCUGUGUGUUCUCGUCACUCGUCCUCUCUGCGAAUCAAGUCCUUUGACUCGUUCAACUGUUCGUCCAAUAACAGGAGAUCAUCCAGACACAAGAACAACCAGUACCGCAGUCUGGACAUGUCUGAAAACAGUGUCCCUCAGGUGCUGGUGAAAGCUAAGUUCAACUUCCAGCAGACCAAUGAGGAUGAGUUGUCCUUCAGCAAGGGUGACAUCAUCCAGGUGAUGCGGCAGGAAGAUGGCGGCUGGUGGGAGGGGUCUUUCAAUGGCAAGAGUGGCUGGUUUCCUAGCAACUAUGUCAAAGAGAUCAAAGGCUCUGACAAACCUGUGUCUCCCAAGUCUGGAACGCUGAAGAGUCCACCCAAGGGCCUUGAGACCACUAACUUUUGCAAGACUUACUAUAAUGUGGUGGUUCAGAAUAUUCUGCAAACUGAGACCGAAUACUGUAAAGAGCUGCAGACUCUCCUCUCCACAUAUCUGAGAGCAUUGCAGCCCACCGACAGGCUCAGCGUGUCAGAUAUCAGUCACAUCAUGGGAAAUCUAGAGGAGAUCAGCUCUUUCCAGCAGACACUGGUGCACUCACUGGAGGAAAGCGUCAAAGUUCCAGAUAGUCAGCAGAGAAUAGGAGGCUUCUUCCUGUCCCUCAUUCCUCAGAUGAAGAGUCUGUACGUGACUUACUGCUCCAACCAUCCGUCCGCGGUUAACGUUCUCACACAACACAGUGAGGAACUAGGAGAGUUUAUGGAAAGUAAAGGUGCGAACACCCCUGGAAUCCUCACACUCACCACAGGCCUGAGCAAACCCUUCCUGAGACUGGAGAAAUACCCCACUCUACUGAAAGAGAUGGAGCGGCACAUGGAGGCGCUUCAUCCAGAUUAUCCAGACAUUCAGAAGAGCAUGACAGUGUUUAAAAAUCUCUCGGCCCAGUGUCAGGAAGUGAGGAAGAGGAAGGAGCUUGAGCUACAGAUUCUGAUGGAGUCUAUUCGGGGCUGGGAAGGGGAGGGCAUUAAGACCCUGGGCUCGGUUCUCUACAUGUCUCAAGUCCUCAUCCAGAACCACGGCGCUGAGGAGAAAAACGAGCGAUACCUCCUGAUGUUUCCUCACAUUCUUCUCAUGUUGUCUGCCAGUCCUCGAAUGAGUGGUUUCAUUUACCAGGGGAAGCUUCCUCUGACUGGAAUGGCUGUUAAUAAAAUAGAGGACACUGACACCACAAAAAAUGCUUUUGAAAUAUCUGGAAGUAUGAUCGAGCGGAUCCAGGUAGUCUGUAAUAACCAGCAAGACCUUCAGGACUGGGUGGAUCAUCUACAGCGGCAGACCAAACGCACUUCAACCAGCAACUUGAAACCACAGAACGUCCCCUGCCAUACGCUGCCGUCUCACCCUCUCACCCCGUCCAGACACUCAGAGACUCGCAGUACAAGCGGAUCUCCAGUCUACCACACUCUUCCUCAUCUCUCUUCACUUGGAACUCCUCACAGUGGGAUGAUGUGGGGGCCCCUCGAACCCCCCAAAACCCAGAAGCCCUGGAGUCUCAGCUGCCUCCGACCUGCGCCCCCCCUGAAACCUUCAGCCGCAUUGUGUUACAAAGAGGAUCUCAGUAAAAGUCCCAAAAGUGUGAAGAAGCUUCUGCCCAAAAGAAAAUCUGAGAGGAAACCAUCUGAUGAGGAAUUUGCUGUGAGAAAAAGCACUGUAGCUCUGGAGGAGGAUGCUCAGAUCCUGAAAGUGAUCGAAGCAUACUGCACAAGCGCUAAAACACGGCAAACACUCAACUCAACAUGGCAGGGCACUGAUUUGAUGCAUAAUCAUGUGCUGGCUGAUGUUGGCCAAUCGUAUGUGGAUGCUGUGGGUUGUCGUAGCAGCGGAUUUCCCUCUGACCAAUCCGAAGACUCGGACUAUGACACUAUAUGGAUAACUCACUCUAACAGAAUUGGUUCUAUGUCCCGAUCAAGGAAGGAGCCAGGGCCACAUAUGCUUUUUCCUGAGGAGGAGAAAAUCAUUGUGGAAGAAACUAAGAGCAAUGGUCAAACCGUACUCGAAGAAAGGAGUCUGGUGGAUACAGUUUAUGCCUUAAGGGAUGAGGUUCAAGAACUUAAGCAGGAUAACAAGAGAAUGAAGCGAACUCUCGAAGAAGAACAAAAGGCACGGAAAGAGCUGGAGAAGAUUGUCAGGAAAGUGUUAAAGAGUAUGAACGACCCGUCCUGGGACGAGACUAAUUUGUGAUCCCAUAUCUGGUAACUGUGUGUUCUGUGUAUUCCUAAGUCCUGACCAAAAACGCUUGUAAAUAUUGUGACAAAAUUGGACUUGAUCCCUUCAGUCACAGUAGUAUGCCUUUUUUAAACCUGAUCCUUUUUAUGCCUUUUUUUUUUGUUUGCCAGUGCCAAGUAUCUAGUUGAACCCAUUUUCAGAUAUGCUAAUGAUAUAAGAAAUGUAUUGAGGCUAGACAUCCUCUAGCAGAAACUUACUUCUCAUCUCUACCGGAUCAGGUGUGGUCUGGCAAAGCUGCCAAAAACAAAAUUCUCGCAGUUCGAUCACUUAGUUUUCCGUCACAGAUGUCAUUGGUUCCUAGUCUAAAACUGGGAGUCUCAGGGAUGAUAGACACACUGUACCUACAAAUGUUGCCAGGCCUGCAUCACUGCCUGCGUCCUCUGACUUUUAGAAUCAUAAGCCAAUGUGUUCAUUAAGUGAUGACAUUCAGUAGAAUUUUUCCAAUGGAAAACCUUGCAAUGCAAUACUGGAGACAAAUCUGAGGGAACUAGUCUUAAAUGGUUACAUUUUCAAAGUUGCUUUUACAAUAAGCUCAGUUUUAACUCGUCUGGUCGAUCUUUUGCACCUUGCAGCUUGUAUCUUUUUCUUUUUUUAAACUUUUAUUAUGGUCCUUUUAACCCUAAUUGUGCAUUCGCAGAUUUUUGUUUUGUACAGAAAUAAUCCUUUAUUGUAUUUAAUGCUCAGAAAUGUGCCUUUUUUGGAAAAAAGAGAUUUCCAGAAUUUUGUCAGCAUUUCUAGCUCCGUCAGCAUUUCAAAGAAACCUUUGUAAGAAACCUGUAUGCAAGAUUUAUUUUAAAUGAACACUGAAUCUGUGGUUAGGAACUGACAGAUUAAGAGUCUUCUAUGUUGUCUGUCUAAUUUAUGUAUUUAAAUGAAAUAUUGUCUACUGCAAAAUGACUGUGUAUUGUGAAAUUUCCAGAUAACCUCGACUACUUUCUCUUCCCAAAGCACUCUCGCUGUCUUACUCUAUAUUUCUUGCUGAUUUAAUUAAAUAAAUACAAAUUCUUACUGUGACUCUUUAAAAA